UCAAAAGGUAUAAGAAAGAGUCGCCUCUCUCCUCUCCCACCCCUGACACAUCGACUGCUCUGUUAACCAGCGUUGUCCUUCGACUGUCCUCUGUACUUUUACGAACCACCUCUCAAGAAGCAACCAUGACCCAGCUAGAGACAGCCAUGGCCAUCAUGAUGAAGACCUUCGAUACUUACGCUGCUGAUCAGGGAAAACCAGACACCCUCACCAAAGCUGAGGCCAAGACUUUGCUGGAGAAGGAGCUUCCUGGACUGCUCAAGGGAGCGAAGAACCAAGCUGAGGUGGACAAGCUGCUGAAUAGUCUGGAUUUUAAUGGAGACUCCGAUAUCGACUUCAGCGAAUUUGUGGUGAUGGUAGCUGCUCUGACCUGCGCCUGCCACAACCGAUGUCCCAAGAAGUGAGCAAGUCCACCGCACCCUUGGGUGGGGCCAAAUGGCGGCAACUGCAUCAGAAAAUCUGUACUGUAGUUAUUAUUUUAUUUUUUUUAGCAGCUGAAUAAAGUCAAUUAUC